CCUCAGUCCAGCCAUACACACAUGACCGCGUACGCACACAAGGACACGCCGCAUCCGUAAACGCAGCUCCCGUGUUGCCUAGCGCGGUACUGAAUACCGAGCCGUUGGGAGCUGAGAGCUACUCGGUGCCGCUGAGUGCUCCUCUCCUCUCCACUCCACUCCCCCCCUCUCCUCUCGCUCGGCCGAGAAGGAUAGAGAUAGACCUCCCCCUCUCCCCCCCACACCGUGUUCUUGGGGUAGACGCGCCGAGAUGGAGCAUAUCGCGAGGUUCUUCUUCGGGGUCUCUGGCAAUGUUAUUGCUCUGUUCCUCUUCCUGUCGCCGGUGGUCACCUUCUGGAGGAUCAUCAAGAGGAAGUCGACGGAGGACUUCUCCGGCGUGCCAUACAACAUGACGCUGCUCAACUGCCUCCUAUCCGCAUGGUACGGGUUGCCGUUCGUGUCCCCGAACAACAUCCUGGUGACGACGAUCAACGGCGCGGGGUCGGUGAUCGAGGCCAUCUACGUGGUGAUCUUCCUCAUCUUCGCGGAGCGCAGGUCUAAGAUCCGGAUGCUGGGCCUCCUCAGCGUGGUCACCGCCAUCUUCACCACGGUGGUGCUGGUGUCGCUGCUGGCGCUGCACGGCAAGGGGCGCACCGUCUUCUGCGGCCUCGCCGCCACCGUCUUCUCCAUCUGCAUGUACGCCUCGCCGCUCUCCAUCAUGAGGUUGGUGAUCAAGACCAAGAGCGUGGAGUUCAUGCCGUUCCUGCUGUCCCUGUCCGUGUUCCUCUGCGGCACCUCCUGGUUCAUCUACGGCCUGCUCGGCCUCGACCCCUUCAUCUACAUCCCCAACGGGUGCGGGAGCUUCCUGGGCCUGAUGCAGCUCAUCCUCUACGCCAUCUACCGGAAGAACAAGGGCCCCGCCGCCGGCGCCGUGCCGGCCGGCAAGGGGGAGGACGCCGACGAGGUGGAGGACGGCAAGAAGGCGGCCGCCGCGGUGGAGAUGGGCGAGGCCAAGGUCAACAAGGCCAACGACGACAGCGCCGUGGACGUCGACGAGCAGGCCGUCGACAAGGUCGCCUCCCAGGUGUAGCCGGCGCUGCCGAGAGCGUGCGAUGUGUGCAUGAGGUGGUAGCAAGGCUAGCAGCAUAAGGAGUAGUGGAGUUGUUACGCUAAGCAAGUACGUAAGCAGAUCGUCGGUGUCUGCCUGCUUGUUGAUUUGUUUUUCUUGGCUUGGUACGUACAUUUGCCACAAGCUGGUGCGUAGCUCUUUCCCGGUCAUCAACCUAAAGGAGGGCUGUGAGACGGUACUCUCGAGAUCUCGAGUUGUAUCAUCAAGUGUGAAUUGUUGGCUUUCCUCUUCUGCUCUUGUUUUGGUGUCUAGUGCAGUACGCUUGUACUCUCAUCUUUUUUUUUUAGAACUUGUGCUCUCAUCUCAUAAUCUCAGAAGAUGCUUAAA